ACAGCUCCGGUUACCCUGUCCUGCCUUUACUUUGUGGUGUCCCAGGCCUUAAAAACAAAAAUAGGCAGUUAGAUUUUGGGACAACUCCACCCUCUAUAUUUUCAAUUUUCUAUGAACUCUAUCUAUGGAUUGUGAACGGAUGACUUUUUAACCCAUAUGGAAUUUUUGGUCAAUUUUUAAUUACUCCUUUUUAACUAGUUAAUUAAUUAACCAAGUCUCAUUUUUUAGCCUAUUUAUUGCACUGCACUUUACUGGUGGAACUUAAUUGCAAUAUUAAUUUGCUAAUGCUAUUUGAAUAAUUGCCCCUUACUAAUUAAUUAAUGAAUGAAUUUAUUGAUUAAGGGGUGGUAUUUGAAUCUAUUGGUGGGUUAAUAUACCCUUUUGAUUUAGCAGUAAUCAAUUAUUUUUUAUCAUCAGUCUUUGUGGCUGAUUGAUUUCACACUAUUUAUUUGCACUAGCACUUUCCUGUUCACUAACUCAUGGCAGUGGGUCACUUGUAUGUAUCCCUGCCCCCGCAGGAUUGGACAGAAAAACUAAUUAGCAUAGCAAUUAAAAGCUCCCUCCUCCCCUUUCACCUUCAGUUCUUUUUCUGUCCCGCGUCAAGGAUUCAGGCUCACCCCAUAGAUUGUUCCAACCAGGUCUCAAGCUCUCUCUCCUUGGUUGAAGCCCUGGGACUAGCGCUGAUUCUAACCGCUGCCCAGGGGCCCCUCCUGCUGUCAGGUGCGACCAGGGGCUAUGGCAGUAUUGGAAAUUAUUUUCUGCCGAGCGCCAUAGCUAUUGGAGAAGGCGCAAGCUAUACAGGACGUGUUGCCAUGGUGAUGCGCAUACAACGUGAUGACGUCAGACGCAUGAGGAAUUUUUUUCAGACCGGCAAACUUGUAGCGUUCCUGUUACAAUCUGAGGCCAUCCGCGCAGUAACUUGCAAUCUGUGUGUUUCCUGGCAUUCUGGGGAUCAGGAAGUUGAAAGAGCAACUAGGAAGUCUAAGAUCUGCAGAUCUUGUGAUAAUCCUGCAUUGCAGGGAAGAAGACUCUGUCAGGAAAGUAUUUCGCUUGCCUCAGGAAAUAUGACUAAUCAAUUUGAAGAAUUUAUGAAUAAGAUGUCCCAAUCAGUGUCUAAUUCUAUUGAGGUAGCUUUAUCUAGAGCUACUGAUAAGCUUUUAAAAAAGCCAAGGGUUCAGGAGGAAGCUGGCAUCUCAUCAGCGGAUUCUGAUUUGGAUCAGACGGUGCAAAUUUCAGAAGGUGAAUUAGAUGAGACUGAGGAAGAGGAUGAGUCUUCCAGCCAAUCAAACUUUGAUUUGGAAAUUGUGUCACCUCUUUUAGAAGCCAUGUUAAAAGCUUUGGAGCUGGAUGAUCCACAAGAGGAUACCUCCAAGAGGGAUAGACUGGCUAGCCGUUCUUACAAGAAGCAACCAUACUUCCCUAUGCAUAAUAUAUUUAAAUCGGAAUUAGAAAAAGAGUGGAAGACACCAGAUAAAAUUUUUUUAUCUCCAAACGAUUUAAUAAAAUGUAUCCUUUUCAGGAAGAGGUUAUUAAUAAGUGGGUCACACCUCCUAAGGUGGAUGCUCCUAUAACAAGAAUCGCUCGCAGAACUACGCUACCGGUGGAUGAUGGCGUGUCAUUCCGUGACGUAAUGGAGAAACGGCAGGAGAGCACAUUGAGGAAAGCCUAUUUAGUAGCUGGUGCAGCAUGUAGGCCGGCCAUUGCUAAUAUUUGCCUUGCAAAAGCGUCAAGGAUCUGGUUGAAGAAUAUUGAAGAUGCUUUGUCUCAAAACGUCAGUAGAUCCAGGAUUAAGGAUGCGCUUACUGAGAUAAAGUGGGCUUCAGACUUUAUCAUGGAAGCAGCAACUGAAAACCUAAGGUUGGCAGCAAAAUCAAUGGCACUCUCUGUUUCAACUAGAAGGGCCUUAUGGCUGCGUCAAUGGCAGGCGGAUGCUGCUUCAAAGCACAAUCUUUGUGGGCUGCCAUUUGAAGGUGAAUUAUUGUUCGGUUCCAGUUUGGAGAAAAUUAUUUCUAAGGUGACAGCAGGUAAGAGUCCCUUUUUACCACAAGAUAGAAGGGGUAAAAGAAACCCAUUUCAGAAUACAAGGAUCGAGAGAACUAAUUAUAAAGAGGCUAGGUUUUACAGACCUGGCAGACCCUACGCAAACUAUCAGGCUUGGAGAUCGGGGCAAUCGAAUCUUUUUCGUGGGUCCAAGAGGCAGACCAGAUUUGGCAGAGGAAGGUAUGCAUGACGCCAGAAGUCUAUCCCAAGAUCCAGUAGGAGGAAGACUUGGGAAAUUUUACAAGGAAUGGGAGACAACCAUCCGAGACAGAUGGGUACUUCAGAUAAUUUCUGUAGGUUACAAAUUGGAAUUCAAACGCAGACAUUUGAAAAGUUUAUUUUUGCAAUCCAGGAUUCCGGGAGAGCCGAGAGCAAGACAAGCUCUUUCAAAGAUCCUGAAGGAUUUAUGGAAACAAGAGGUAAUAAGACCAGUCCCAAAAUCCCAAAGAGGGUUAGGAGUUUAUUCCCCCUUGUUUUUAAUAAAGAAAAAAACAGGAGAAUACAGAGCAAUUUUAGAUCUAAGGGUGCUAAACAGGUCUCUACGAGUCAGAAGGUUCAAGAUGGAAUCUUUGAGAAGUGUUUUGCAGGAAAUAGAUCAGGGAGAUUGGUUGAUCUCCAUCGACAUAAAGGACGCCUAUCUGCAUAUUCCUGUGGCCAGUUCCCAUCAAAAGUUUCUUCGGUUUGUUGUUCUCGGAAAGCAUUUCCAGUAUCAAGCCAUACCGUUUGGUCUAGCCACCUCACCGAGAACAUUUACAAAGGUCCUAAUCACUCUGAUAGCAGUUCUAAGGGAAAGAGGCAUACAGGUGUAUGCGUAUUUAGACGAUAUCCUGAUCAAAUCCAGAGAGCAUCAAUUGUUAAUUCACCAAAGAAAUUACGUUCUAAACUUCCUGCAACGCCACGGAUGGAAAGUAAACUUCAGCAAGUCGCAUUUAACACCAGUGCAGCAUCUUCAGUAUUUGGGAGUGCUAAUAGACUCCAUCCAGAUGAAAGUUUUUCUGACAAAGAAGAGGGCACAAGAUGUCAGAAAAUCAGUACAGGUACUCAGACGGAAAGAAGUCUGUUCGGCGAAGGAGUGCCUCAGUGUAAUAGGCAAGUGCAUAGCAGCAGCCGAGGCCGUGGAAUGGGCGAAUUUUCAUCGUCGCCAAUUACAAUGGGAUUUUCUGAAGCAGUGGUCCAGAGAUCCAUACAACAUGAAGCAGAAGAUUUUUCUGAAGUGGAAGACCAAGGAGAGUUUGAGGUGGUGGUGCCUCUCAGCCAAUCUUCAGAAGGGGAAGCACAUCCUAUCACCACAAUGGCAGACUCUUACUACCGAUGCCAGCAAUCUAGGCUGGGGCGCAGUUAUCAACAAUCAGCCGCUCCAGGGCUGGUGGUCAGAGGAGAUGAGGCAAUGGUCUUCGAAUCAGAAGGAAUUACAAGCAGUUUGGGAAGCUCUUCAAGGCUAUCAACAGAAAAUAAGAGGGUUGUCGGUGAAUUUUCAUUCAGACAAUACCACAGUGGUGAGUUCUGAAGAGGUCUGCAGAGCAGCAGUUUGGUCGUCAAUGCAGACAUUCAUUAGACAUUACCAGUUGGAUGUAAUGUCAGCUACAGAAGCUAAUUUUGGUCGUUCUGUGUUGCAAACAGUUUCUUUUCUUUAAUAAAUAUAUUAUUUCAGCA